AUGAAGUGGAUUGUCAUCUCCCUCGCCGCAGUCGCAUCUGCACUGCAGAGCCUGCCCCCUGUCCAAUUUGGUAAUAGUGGUCCAGGCCAUAGAGGCUUUUCGUUAGCAACCACCGACCGGACAAUCUACCUGGAUGCCGAUUUCGCUAGUUGGAAGGAUCAGAAUGGGCUGACGCUGAUUCCACCGUCGGCAUCCGACUUCGCCAAUACGUUUCGCGAUGACUUACAGGAACUGACUAAUAGUUCCUGGGAGCUUCGCACGGUCAAGCGAUUCCCCAAACACGCGUCGGGAAUAUUCCUCAGUCGCACAGACCACCCGGACCGAUUUACUUACGAAAAUGGACACGAGACCGAAGAAGGAUAUGAGUUGGAGAUCCAUGAUGGCAGCGUGUCUAUUCGCGGUUCCGGCGCGCGAGGUAUGUGGUGGGGGACGCGAACGCUCCUCCAGCAGCUCGUUGUGACACCCUCAUCUCUGCGACCCGGUCGCGUAGAAGAUGCGCCCGCCUAUGCGACUCGGGGGUUUCUGCUAGAUGCUGGUCGCAAAUGGUAUUCGCUGGAGUUUUUGAAAGAUCUGUGCACAUAUGCCUCGUUCUUCAAAAUGUCCGAGUUUCAGUACCAUGCGACCGACAAUUAUCCACUGAGUCGCGGUCACAACGAGACCUGGAACGAGGUCUAUUCGCAGUUUUCUUUGCACCCCGAAAAUGAGGCUCUUCACCCUCUUGUCCAACGUGCCAAUGAAACGCUGUCCCGGGCUGAGUUUGACGACUUCCAGCAUCACUGUGCCCAGCGAGGUGUGACGGUGAUGCCGGAGAUUGAAAGCCCCGGGCAUUGUCUCACGGUAACGAAAUGGAGACCUGAUCUCGCAUUGAACUCGAAGGAUCUGCUCAAUCUCUCCCAUCCGGACACUGUCCCGUUGAUGAAGUCUAUCUGGACCGAGUUCCUUCCUUGGUUCCACACGAAGGAGGUGCACAUCGGCGCCGAUGAGUACGAUGCUAACUAUGCAAAUGACUAUGUUGAGUUUGUGAACGAGAUGUCCCGAUUUGUGCAAGAAACCUCUGGCAAGACUGUCCGUAUUUGGGGCACAUACGAGCCAUCAGAUAUUGCCAUUGAUAAGAAUGUGACAAUUCAACAUUGGCAGUAUGGACAAUCGGAUCCAGUUGAUCUAGCCCGCAAUGGCUACAAGGUUAUCAACUCCGAGGAUUGGUGGGCCUAUAUGUCGCUGAAAAGCAACCAUGUGCCUAUUAGCCCAGCCCCCUAUCCUCAAUUCUUCAACAACACCCGCGUUGUCAACUUCGCCGAUCAAGAUGGGUGGCAGUGGACGCCAGAGCUCUUCAAUCCAGUGAACAAGACUGAACAACCGGAUGCCAAAGCUGUACCGGGUGCUCUUUUGGCUGCCUGGAAUGACAGCGGUCCGGACGCCACUACCCAACUUGAAGCCUACUAUGCAAUCCGUGAUGGCAUCCCGGUUGUGGCUUCACGAGCAUGGUGUGGUGCGCGUGGACCUCGCUUACACGAACAAACCUUGGCCAAAUCUAUUGCACAAUUAUCCUCUCAAGCUGUUGGGCAAAAUCUCGACCGACUCCUCCCAGGAGAAAGAAGUCAUGGAUCGGGACAUUUGCUUUCAUGGAAAAGACCAACUAAAAAGUCCAAUCAGGAUGAAUAUCAUCUGGGCUAUGGCAGUAAGGGCAUGGAUUAUACUCUCCAGCUAGACGUCACAGGUCCUUUUUCUUUGAAGUCCUCUGAUGCGACACUUACGUUGUCAUCGGACGGCGAAUUGACAUUUGUUUCUGAUGGCUGGCCAUAUCCUCUUCGCUCUGUUGCUGAAGCUGAUGGCUUCGACCAAGACCAGCCUGGACGAAUUUGGGCUAACAAGACCACCUCAAGCCAUGAGGUUGUGACAAUCCCCCGCAAAUCACAAGUCACCAUCUCCACAGACGAGAUAUAUGGAAGUCGUGUGUGGGUGGAUGGAGCCUUUGUCGGCCGCUUUGAAGUCUUUAUCUAUGGCGGAAGGAAUACUGUUUUCUCGUGGAGUCAAAUGGCUUUCGUGGCACCGUUGGAUGUUUUGGAAGGCUCAGGCUUGCAGCAUUUGUCCAUUUUCCAGGGUGCCAGGGAUAAUUGA